AUGUGGAAGGCAGCACUCUUGACUGUGGGCUUGUUGGUGGCACUUGUGGACAGGGUCCGCUCCAAUGACGGCCAUCCCUCUUUCUAUGGGGUGAAACUGUGUGGAAGAGAGUUCAUACGGGCUGUCAUCUUUACCUGUGGUGGUUCUCGCUGGAGGAGAAGCAUAGAGGACUCAGCUCUUAUUGGAGAAGAGGCCUUUGACCCAUGGAACACAAAUCCCGUCUCUCAACUUACCAGUGAGCAGGGUCCUGCAGAGUCCAAAGCAUGGAAAGAUCAAACGUUGGAUACGGCAUCUGUGGCUGCUGGAUUCAGCCGCUCAGCUCGCUCAGCAAUCUCAGAGGAGGUGCUUGAGGCUCUACGGAGUGCAGACAGGAAAGGACGGGAUGUAGUGGUCGGACUGUCCAACGCGUGCUGCAAGUGGGGCUGUAGCAAGAGUGAAAUUAGCUCUCUGUGCUGAAACUAGUUUUAAAUAUGCAUCUGUUCUGUCACUAUCACAGCUCUACUCUUUUCCUAUGUGACUCCUCCAGUUCUUCACUCUUUUGAACCUUUUCUUGAAAUUGCACGUCUCAUCAACUCACUGUUCUUGUGUUGACUAUUGAUACAGGGAUGUGAAUGUGUACACAAUAUUUGUUUACUGUGAUUAUAACAGAUUAAUAUAUAAUAUAUAUAUAAUAUAUAAUAUGUUUAAUAAAAUUUUGUGUAGGUGUUACGAAAGUCUCUGUCUUACAAAAUAUGUACAAAAAAGAUAUUUCAUGCUCACACUUCCACUUUUCCAAAACCUUGUUUUAGAAACAUAGUUUUGACUAAGAUUUCGAAAUGGAGGAAGUGGCGUUAACUCCAAGUACACACAGUGUACUAAUAUUCUCUAAAUAACAUCUGGUUCCUGUGACUCUACAGAAGGUAGUCACCGUAUAUGGGCAGAUUUACAAAGCACUGAUAUCCAGUGCAAUAAAGUGCGAUAUAAUACCCGUGAGGCUUACACUGCUGGAGUUCUGUUGUUUAUUUCAAAAUGGUCAUGGUAUCUUGCGCCUCGUCCACCCAAACCUGAAUUAUCUCAGUCAUGUUAAGACAGGUGUCAACAAAACUGGCAUAAAUAAGCGUCACAGUAGUAGAAUUUGCUGGUAUGCUAUAAGUUUGCACUGGUG